AUGUCAUCAUUUAAUCCUAAAGAAGAACGUCAAGAAGCACGUGACUUUGUUUUACAUUAUUUAAAAGAUGAUGGAGUUUUAUUAACACGUUUACUUUCAUUAAAUAGUAGUGAUCUUGUUGUCACAGAAAUAAUCAAUCAAUUAUGGACACGUUAUAAAACAGUCAAUCGACUUUAUUCAACUGUUAAUCCUCAACGUCAUCAUCAGAAUAUUCCAACAAGUGAAAUAACAAAUAAUGAAAAUAAUAUAAAUACGAGUACACAAGAAACAAAUUUAAAUUAUCAAAAUGGUAAUAAAAAUUCUCAUCGACAAAGAGCAUCUCGCAUUCCACCAUUAUCAUUAUUGACAAAUAAUAAUCAGCAACAAUAUUCGAAAAAUGAAAAAUCAGAAAAUAAAUCAUCCAAAGAUACAGAUGUUUAA